GACUUAUUUGCGGCAUCGCAAAAAUACUUGAAUUUGAAAUGUUGACGUGUGACGUGUAGUUUGCUUUGACAAGCGUGGAAAAUUUUCAGAAGGAUGGAAUAUUUUAAGAGUAGUUUGAAAUCCGUUUUAGGGACCGCUCCCGCUGGCACACAACCUACAGGUGCUGAUACAGUGGAAAGGCUAGUAGACAGAUUGCAAUCAUCUACUUUACUCGAUGAUAGAAGAGAUGCUUGUCGUGCACUCAAGGCAUUAUCCCGCACAUACCGUGUGGAAGUAGGUGCUCAAGGAAUGGAUGCACUGAGACAGGUCUUAGAAAUGGACAAAACAGAUUGUGAGAUAAUUGGUUUAGCUUUAGAUACUCUGUGCAAUAUAACAAAUCCUGAAACAUUUGACGAAGAAGAAGUUUCAGUGGACAAGCAUGAUUCUAAGAACAAUAUAGGGGAACAAUUUACAGAAAUAUUCAUUAAACAUCCAGAUAGUGUUGGAUUGGUAUUAGCAUUUCUCGAAGAAUUUGAUUUUCAUGUUAGAUGGCCAGCAUUAAAGCUGUUAACAUAUUUAUUGGCAAACAGAUCUAAAGACAUUCAAGAAAUAAUUCUGGUCAGUCCUAUGGGAGUCUCUAAAUUGAUGGAUUUGCUGAGUGACAGCAGAGAAGUUAUACGCAAUGAUGUUUUAUUACUACUCAUUCAACUAACAAAAGGUAAUGCAAAUAUACAAAAAAUAGUAGCAUUUGAAAAUGCAUUUGACCGAAUAUUUGAUGUUAUUGGGCAAGAAGGUAAUGCAGAUGGUGGUAUUGUUGUGGAAGAUUGCCUUUUGCUAAUGUUAAACCUUCUCAGAGGAAAUGUUAGUAACCAGAACUUUUUUAAAGAAGGUAGUUACAUCCAAAAAUUAACACCAAUGUUUCAAAUACCAAAUGAAAUAGAGGACAAUAAUCUCAGUGGAUGGAGCCCACAGAAGGUGUCUAAUGUUCAUUGUAUGGUACAAGUUAUACGAGCAUUGGUAGCUCCAAGUGCUCCUGCUCAGGCAGUUGCUGCUUGUCAACGAACUAUGAGGGCAUGCGGAUUAUUGCAAGUAUUGUGCGAUAUAUUAAUGGCAAGUGGAGUACCUGCAGAUGUGUUAACUGAGACCAUUAAUACUGUGGCAGAAGUAAUAAGAGGGAAUGCUAGUAAUCAAGAAUUCUUAGCGAGCGUCAUGGCGCCAAGCAUUCCACCAAGGCCAGCUAUCGUUGUUUUACUAAUGUCCAUGGUGAACGAGAAGCAACCGUUUAUUUUGCGAUGUUCAGUAUUAUAUUGUUUCCAAUGCUUUUUAUACAAAAACGAAGUGGGACAAACACAGUUAAUUCAAACUUUAUUGCCACAAGGCAAUGAAGCACCAUCGCUAACUACAGGACAAUUGCUGUGUGGUGGAUUGUUCUCUACAGAUUCUUUGUCAAAUUGGUUCUCUGCUGUGGCAUUAUCUCAUGCCUUGAUUGAAAAUAUAAGUCAAAAGGAGCAACUCUUGAGGGUGCUCCUCGCGACCAAUAUCGGAAAGCCACCGGUAACGCUUAUGCAACAAUGUGUUAUGUUGUUGCAGCAAGGUAACAAGACGCAAUGUAAAUUGGGUCUGUUGAUUUUACUUUGUCGAUGGACCUCGUAUUGUCCACUCGCAGUCAAGUCGUUCCUAGCUAUUGACUCUUCAGUAGCAUAUUUAACAGCCCUUCUAUCGUCGCAAGAAAAUAACGAAGAUUUACAAGAGACUUUAUUGCACAGUAUGUGCGCUUUACUUAUCGGUAUUUGCGUACAUUUUAACGAUGAUAGUAUAUCUAUAUACACCAAGGAAAAAGUAUGUAACUUGAUCGAGAAUAGAAUAGGUUUGGAAAAAUUUCAAGAUGCAAUCGGCGGUAUCGCCAGACAUGAAAUAUAUUCUAGAACACUAAAACACCCACAACCUUCAGCCAAAAAACCGUCUGAACUUUUACUAGAUCAUGAAUUUUGCAGACUACUAAAAAGUUUAGAAGGUGUCGUAAUAAAAUCAGUGAUAGAUGCUAAUAGUGAACAUCAGAAUAAAAAUCAAUUAUCUAUGAUGAGUUUAUCUGAUAGCACACUAGUUUCACAAUAUAAGGAUCUUAUUAGGGAGCAAGAUAUACAAAUUCAACAGCUAAAACAACAGCUAAAUCAAACUCAUGAUUCUCUUACAAAGAAGAAUGAAGAACUUGAAGCAGAAGUACAAACACUUCGAUCGACUGUUAGCCAUUUACGAGACCAAAACUUGGUUCUUCGAGCUGCGCAAGCAAAUAUAGGAGACGGAAAAGAAAUUGUUACUUCUAAUAAUGAUAUAGGACAAUUGGAGAAGGAACUACAAAUGUACAAAACGAUGGUUGUAGAUUUAGAAAAUCGUUUAGCGGAAUAUUCACAUGUAGCACAAGAGCACAAAAAUAAGGACACUGAAAAGAAAGAGUUAGAUGAUUCUAAUCGAAUAAAAGAAUUUGAGUAUGAAUUAAAAUUGAAGACAGAGGAAAUUGAAAGAUUGAAGAAGGACCAGGAAGAUCUUUUAGAACUUUUAACGGAUCAAGAUAAUAAAAUUACUCGAUAUAAAGAAAGACUAGUCGAAUUAGGAGACAAGAUCGAGUCUGAUGAAAGUUCCGGUGAACCUGAUACGGAUGAUCAACCAGAAUCAAGUAACUGAAAUAUUUUAAUCGAUGUUUUUUUCAUAUAAAUUAAUAAGCAAAUUCUGCUUUUAA